GGUAGAUGAAAAUGCCUUCUAAGGUGACGGCCACGAUGGCGAGUAUGACACAAAUGAUUGGCCAAAAGAACCUAAAAUAUAAUAAAAAAUAGAUAUUUUGGUACCAUUUAACUAGGUCAGCACAUGUUUUAUCGUUAUCUAAAGAGAAUGAGAAGAUGUGACCUCUUAUCUAUUCAUGAUUCAAUAUACUAAAUAUACAAAAACAAAGUUGUUACUCUAUCACGCACAGUUUCGCUCCGCGCUAGUUCUCUACAAGAUGAUCGGAGUAAUCGCGGGUGCCUUGCUCCUGAUGAUGCUCUGCAGAUAUCUCUACAAAAAUGCUUAUAAGAGGCCAAGUGAUAAAUUUCCUCCAGGACCACCUAGUCUUCCAGUGUACGGUGCCUACUGGAUAGUUUUGUGGCACGGCUAUAACGAUCUCGCGAACGCAUUUAUGAAACUAGGGGAGAUUUACAAGACAAAGAUGGUUGGCUUGUACUGGGGGUCUGCGCCCGCGCUUGUCAUCAACGACCCAGUCUUGUCCAAGGAGAUGCUGUGCAGUGAUGCUUUUGACGGGAGAACGGAUAUCAUUUUGAACAGACUCCGGUCUUAUUGGAAGAAGUUGGGUAUAUUUUUCACGGACAGCUAUUUCUGGUACGUUCAGAGACGGUUCUCGCUGAGGUACUUCCGAGACUACGGCUUCGGGAGACGAGACGAGAUCCUAGAGACUGUACUGGAGGCCGAGAUCAAGAUCAUGUUGGAUUUGAGGUUGAAUGGGCCGCAAAAUGCCGCUGAGAAGGAAAUAGUGAAAGGGGAUCUUGUCCUGCUCCCCUAUUACCUUUCGACCCCCUUCACUAAUGGAAUACUACAUGUUUUAAGUAGAACGACAAUACCUCGGAGUGAAUAUGUGGUUCUAUGGGAACUUUCAAGGAAAGCUUUUAUAUUUCAAAGAAGUUCUGAUGAUUUGGGCCGAGCUUUAUCUCUGACGCCGUGGCUGAAGGACGUGGCUCCGAGCUGGAGUGGUUACACCAACCUGCGGGAGGGGGUGCAACAUUUUUUGUCAUUUUUCGAGAAUUUGAUCAAGCAAGUGUUGGAUACGUAUGAUGAAUCACACGAACGCCACUUCUUGGAUGCCUACAUCAAGAAGAUGAAUGAGGAUUUACGCGACAAUGAAAAAUCUACAUUCUCUGUGGACCAACUAGUCCUGAUCUGCGUAGACUACAUGUUCCCCGCGGCGUCGACCGCGGCGUCAGUGCUGACUCUGUUGCUGGAGAGGCUGGUGAUCCAGCCUGAGUUGCAGGAUGGCAUGCAGGAAGAGGUGGACCGCGUGGUCGGCAGCGGCAGGCUGCCUAACCUCGAUGAUAGGCAGAACAUGCCGUAUACUGAAGCCUGCAUUCGAGAAUCGAUGCGGUUUGACACUCAGAUUCCUUUUGGGGUUCCGCACAGAGCUACUAGGGACACAGUCUUCAACGGGUACCAUAUUCCAAAGGACACUAUGGUGGCUGUCAACUAUGUGAUGUUGAACAAUGACAAAGCUAUAUGGGGAGACCCGGAGACCUUCCGUCCGGAGCGGUUCAUAGGAGGUGGUAAGCUGGACCUCUCCAAAGAUCGCUCGCUGCCUUUUGGGGCUGGUCACCGUCUAUGCGCGGGCGAAACGUUCACCCGCAACACGAUGUUCUGUACCGUAGCAGCUCUGAUGCAGCGCUUCCGAGUGGAGCGCGCCCCGGGCUCUGCCGCGCCGCCCGCACCCCGCCUCCAGGGGCUCAUCACCACCGUACCUGAUUUCUGGAUCAAGCUCACGCUCAGAAAUAAUCAUUAUUGAUUGCUUUAUGUUGUGUUUCGAAAAAUAUAAUGAAAAAGGUA